AUGGCUGGGUCUGCCACGAGUUCGCGCCCUGGGAGCCCUAUUUGUGGGGGUCAUUUUGUUACUCGUUUGGCCUGUUCUUAUCAUCUGAUUGUUCCCGAUAUUAUUAGAUCCAUGACGUGUGUGGACGAGCAUGACUUUGGUAUGGGAUAUUUGGAGACUAUGCGGGUCGUCAGAAAUUUUGGAUCACACUGGGGAAUAGUUCCAUCAGAUGUUGAGGGUGAAGAUGAGGAUGAUCAGCCAGCCGAUCAACCUACGCCAGAGCCGAGACCAAGGCGCAGGAACGUGAGAGGAAGGGGAGACCGCGGGCAGCCGAUACACCCACCUGUUUCCAUGGUUGGUGCACCUUUUGGGGGUGAUAUGGCUGGUUACUUUGACCAGUUAUCGUUGAGUGUAAAUUGGAUAGGCGGCACGAUGGAAAAUGUGGUUCAACAUCUUGGGGUGGAGCAGCCGCCUCAUUUAGGGUAUCAUUACCCGAUUUGCCCACGAUGGUCGGAAUAUGGUGGUCGUGGAGGUGAUGGAGCUGCUACUAGUGGAGCGCAUGAAAAUGAGGAGGAUGAUUGA